GAAGAGAGUGCAAGAGGAACCGCCUAUUUGAUCGGUCCAGCGCUGUGAUUGGAGGAAAGGACCAGCAGAAAGCCCGAGAAGAAACCAGACCAAAAUAAGGAAAAUAUAAAAAGAGGACGAUAAAGAUGAGCGACAUUCAGACUGGAACAGAACCAGAACCAGAACCAGAACUAGAACUAGAACCAGAACUAGAACUAGAACUACAAGAUCCAGACAUCGAGACAAACUGCUUCCUCGUUUUCUCAUCGAUUAAGAGCAGUACCAUAUUUAAAACAAGCAACAUGUCUCCAGCUAAAGGCGUAGCUAUCGGCAUCGACCUGGGCACCACCUACUCAUGUGUGGGGGUUUACCAGCAUGGGAAAGUGGAAAUCAUCGCCAAUGACCAGGGUAACAGGACCACUCCCAGCUAUGUGGCAUUCACCAACUCUGAGAGACUUAUCGGGGACGCAGCCAAGAACCAGGUGGCUUUGAACCCCAGCAACACCGUGUUUGAUGCCAAGCGACUGAUUGGAAGAAAGUUUGAUGACUCCCUGGUGCAGGCGGACAUGAAGCACUGGCCGUUCAAGGUGGUUUCAGAUGGAGGGAAGCCUAAAAUCAAAGUGGAAUACAAAGGGGAGGACAAGACUUUCUCCCCUGAGGAGAUCUCCUCCAUGGUCCUCGUGAAGAUGAAGGAGACUGCUGAGGCCUACCUGGGACACAAGGUGUCCAGUGCUGUCAUCACAGUCCCAGCGUACUUCACUGACUCCCAGCGACAGGCAACUAAAGAUGCAGGAGUCAUUGCAGGACUGAACGUGCUGAGAAUCAUUAAUGAGCCAACAGCAGCUGCCAUCGCAUAUGGUCUGGACAAAAGCAAGGCAGGAGAACAUAACGUCCUGAUCUUUGACCUGGGUGGGGGCACCUUUGAUGUGUCAAUCCUGACAAUUGAGGAUGGUAUCUUUGAGGUGAAAGCCACGGCAGGAGACACUCACCUAGGUGGAGAAGACUUUGACAACCGCAUGGUGAACCACUUUGUGGAAGAGUUCAAGCGAAAAUACAAAAAGGACAUCAGCCAGAACAAGAGAGUGCUGAGGAGGCUGCGGACAGCAUGUGAGAAAGCCAAGAGAACCCUGUCCUCCAGCUCCCAGGCCAACAUUGAGAUCGACUCUUUGUUUGAGGGCAUCGACUUCUACACGUCCAUCACCAGGGCUCGCUUUGAGGAGCUGUGUUCAGACCUGUUCAGGGGAACAUUGGAGCCGGUGGAGAAAGCACUGAGGGAUGCCAAAAUGGACAAGACACAGAUCCAUGAUGUCGUCCUGGUUGGAGGCUCCACCCGAAUCCCCAAAAUCCAGAAACUCCUGCAGGAUUUCUUGAAUGGCAGGGAGCUGAACAAGAGCAUCAACCCAGAUGAGGCGGUGGCUUAUGGGGCUGCAGUCCAGGCUGCCAUUCUCUCUGGUGAUACCUCAGGCAAAGUUCAGGACCUGCUGCUGCUGGAUGUGACACCUUUGUCCCUGGGUAUUGAGACGGCUGGAGGAGUUAUGACAUCCCUGAUUAAACGCAACACCACCAUCCCAACUAAACAAACUCAGACCUUCAGCACGCACUCUGACAACCAGCCCGGUGUUCUGAUCCAGGUCUAUGAAGGGGAACGAGCCAUGACCAAGGACAACAAUCUGCUGGGCAGGUUUGAGCUGACAGGAAUCCCUCCUGCUCCUCGUGGGGUCCCACAGAUUGAGGUCACCUUUGACAUUGAUGCCAAUGGCAUUUUGAAUGUGUCCGCUGUGGACAAAAGCACCGGCAAAGAGAACAAAAUCACCAUCACCAAUGAUAAGGGCCGACUGAGCAAAGAAGAGAUCGAGAGGAUGGUGCAGGAUGCAGAAAAAUACCAAGCUGAGGACGAGCUUCAGAGGGACAAAAUUGCUGCUAAGAACUCGCUGGAGUCGUAUGUCUUCCAUGUGAAGAGCACCUUGCAGGAUGAGAAGCUGAAGGGCCAAAUCAGUGAAGAGGAGAAGAAGAAGCUGAUGGAGACGUGUGACGAGACCACCAACUGGCUGGAGAACAACCAGCUGGCUGAUAAAGACGAGUACCAACACAAGCAGAAAGAGCUGGAGAAAGUGUGGAACCUUGUUAUCAGCAGGUUGUAUCAGGGAGGAGCAUCUGCACGCAGCUGUAGGGACCAGGCACGAGACGCUCCACAGGGACCUACAGUAGAAGAAGUGGACUAAAGAGACCCUUCAGAUGGUCUAUGAACACUGACUGUAUUUAAGACAUUUGUCACAGCUGCUGUCAAGUAUAAUGUUUGUACAUCUACAACCACACAGUACAAGGACAGAAUUCGUGGGACAGCCUUGUAUAUAUGUAGAAGUAUUCUUGUGAAGUUGACUUUGUGCGAUGUCAGUUAAAACUUGGUGGAAUAUUUAAUAUUUUCAGAAAUUAUGCACUUUGACAUCUGCAAAUGUUUGAACUGUUAUUUUACCCCUUUUUCACAUUUUUUGGUCCCGUUUCUUUUAUUGUGAGCUGUCAUGGAUUAAAUUUUUAUUAACUU